AUGCGUGUAUCAAACAUUUCGCGUGUACCAAAACUACCUAAAAUUCGGCGUAUGAGUCUAAGAGAAAUUCAAGCAACUCAAAUCGCUAAUGAUUUUAAUUAUCCAUCUACGACAUCAGCAAACAAAUGGGCAACUAGAGGUCAAAAUCAAGUUGCACCAGAAAUUCAUAAUUCAAUAAGUUCAAAUGCAGGAUUGCCAAGAGAUCUUAGGAAUAAUGAACAACAAAAAAGCUUCUUUCGACGACCUUGGUUUUUGAUUUUUGCAGCUAUUUUUUGUUUUAUUCUCAUAAUUGCGAUUGUUGCUAUUGUUCUGGCCAUGAUAUGCUCAAGUACUGAUCAUGGAUUAAUUGCAAUUUUAAAUAGAUCAAGUCCAUCCGGAUGGAUAUCAUAUUCUUACAACUAUUCAGCUAUAAAAACAACACCAACACUUUUAUUUGGUUUUGAAACUGAUAAUAUGCAUAGAUUUUAUUUGGAUACUGUAUCUGUUGUAGACAAUAAUAUAUCUUCGAUUGAAUUAUUAACCAAUCCUAGUUUUGAAAAUUCAACAAUGAAUAUACUUGGUUGGGUUACAUCAUGUGAAACAACAUGUGCAAGUCAAAUAGUUUCUGGUCUUGAAUGUUCUGGAUUAUCUGGAAAUUGUUUCAUGGUUUAUUGUAAUACAAGCAAUUCUUCUAUCUCUUUUCUAAGUCAAUCUUUUAUGGCUACAAUUGGAAAUACAUAUACAAUCUCAUUUAUGUUAAAUCAUGUAGGAAAUCCUAGCACUGGAAUCAUGUCAUUUUAUCUUGAUGUUAACUAA